AUGCCUACCCUAGCACUUGCUGGCGGCACGUCGCCUAGCCUCGGCCGGGCCAUUGUCACCGCCGUCUUUGCACAUACUUCAUGGAAUGUUCUCAUUCUUUCGCGUUCGACCCGCCCGCCCAUUUGGCUCCGCGCCAUCGAUCAACACGCCAAGCGUCACAAGAUCGCGGCCGUCGACUACGGUUCCGUCGACUCCUUGGCCACAACCCUCAAGGGCCAGGCCGUCCACACCCUUGUCUCCGUCACCUCGGCCGUCGACGGUACGCAAGCACAGACUCAGAUCAACCUCCUCCGGGCGGCAGUGAGCGCUGGCUGCAAGCGCUUCGCCCCGUCGCAAUGGGGCUUCGGGCCCAAGGGUUGGGCCGAAGUAGGAUCCCUCCGAUGGGCGGAUCAAGGCGUUCGAGAGGAAUGCGCCAAUCACCGAGAUCAGAUCGAGAUUGCCUGCUUCAACCAAGGGUCGUUCAUGAACUAUAUCGGCCACGGCAUAUUCGCAACGCCGGAGCUUGAGGACGUUGGCGAUGUGGCCUGGGCCAAAUACCGAAGUGGCGCGGGCUAUAAGCCGGGCGAGGACGAGGCAUGUGAGGGGCUCCAUCGACAAGGCCCCUUGAUGGACCAGUCUGGGGCUUUUCUUGUUGGAUUGAAGAAUGGGAUCGCCGAACUUCCAGUCAAGGAUGAUGGGCAGUGGCCGCGUAUCACUUUUACAUCCAUGAGGGACGUGGGCAGAUUCAUUGCAGCGGCCCUUGACCUGCCAAGAUGGAAGCAGGAGAUGGGUAUGGCCGGGGACACUCUGACAAUGGGUGAGUUGCUGGCUUCCGCAGAAGCUGUGACCGGGAAGAAGUUCAAGGUUACUCUGAUCAAAAGACAGGAUCUCCUAGAGAGACUAGCAAACACUAGGGACGCCGACUUCAUGCAACGAUUAUGGAUCGAGUUCAACCUCGCCUAUAUCCGAGAUAGGGAUGAUGAGGUUGUUGUGCGCCCUACGUUGAAUGAGCUGUGUCCGGCUGUGAAGCCUAUUACUGUCCGUGAUUAUAUGGAGAAACACUGGCAGGGAGCUCCUUAG